GAGUACAUAGACACGUACCUAUACGCGUACAGACAUAUAUACUUAGCAUAGACCCGCUGAAACAGCAGUGUCCACAUUACCCCGAGAAAGCAUCCGUGGAAUUAUUUCUACAGUAUUAGCUGCACUUGUAGAAAAAAAGGAGAAAGCAAAAAGGCAAAAAGACCGGGGUGCGCCGGUUGCAGAAGAAAGGCUUGAGCAGGAUAAUUAUAGCUCAUCUCAACCCUUGAAUGAUCACUUCUAUCUCAGAUACAUCUCAGCGCUAUAAAUAUAUAUCUUCUUUUCCCACUUUUUAUUUAUCCGCCUUUCUCCCCUUCCGAUCUCCUACCUUACAUAACAGUCCAGCAUCGCACUUCUCCAUACUACACCACACCGCCUCUGUCAACGACAUACACACCCUAUAAAUGAGAUGAACAAGGAAGAAAGCUGGAGGAGAGAAGGCAUAUGGGAGCGCCAGUGCCACGCUGGGCCAUCCAGGCUCAGGGACGAGCCAGAGCAUGCCCAUUAUGCCGCGAGAGACACUGCAAGCCGAAGCAGCAAUGAGGAUGGCAGCAGACGACGGCAUCAUGGACCAACUAGGACACGACGCCAAAUACGGCAAAAUCAAACUUUACACCUCUCCACCAUUCUCCCACCACUAUUCCUCCUACCUUUUCUUGGUGUCACUUCAGCUGCUCCAGCAGUCAUACCAGCUCAGCCCACUCGGCUUCGACUGCCUUCUAUUCCUACUGUCUUGCCGACUGUCACCACUACACUUCAGCCUACGCGCACCCUCGACAAACGAGUCAAAUAUCUGACAUCGGUGAUUACACCCUCUGUCUUGCCCACUGAGAUACAUUUUGUCGACGAAACGACUUUACCGUAUCUGUUGACCCAGCAUGCGGAUGGAUCGUGGAGAAAGGCGGAGGCUGGAUGGUUCCUUUAUGGUCGAAGAAUAGCGUUGCCAACAGAUAAAGCGACUCCGUCCAACGAUGAUGAAGAUCACACGGAAGACGCUGCAGAAUCUGUCACGAAUCGAACCGUUUCCAUCGACAGCGAUAAUGCGAUGCUCACCAAUGGUAGCAAUUCAUCUGUUACUGCGUCAAAUGCGACUAGUACUGCUGUACCCUCUUUUGCUGUUGAAAAAGCCUUACCAAAUGGGUGGGGAUACUCCUCGAAUCGUACUAGCAUCUACAAAGUGCCACUUAUAGCAGUUGCGAGUGUGAUUAUGGCCAUUGCAAUUGUUGUCCUCAUUAUCAUAUACGCUCUCAAUAGGCGAAAGAAACAUCGCAAACAAAAACGCGCCAAAGAACGACUCCGCCGAAAAGCUCUUGCAGCCGCUGGCCUUACUGAAGAUGACAUCAAAUGCUCGACAGCUGAAACCGCAUUCAAGGAAAAACUUGCGGAGAUGGAACGGAAACACAAGGCAAAGAAGAAGAGAGAUGGACAGAUGGGAUUGGCCAGGAGUAAGGUUAAAGGGUGGAAUGCAAGAUUAGGAACCGUCAGACGUAGAAAGGGAAAGAAGGAGGAGAAGGAGCAUGACGCGAUGAGUUUGAAAGAAAAUAAAAUAAUGGAAGAGGACAUCUUCGAACGGGAAACUGUGGAGCAACCAGAAAUUAUAGUGUCACCUCAUCUUGUCUCGCCCCCUUCCCCAGCACCUUCACAGACUCCUUCUGAGCAACCAGCCUCUGUCGAAACUUCGGCUCCCCAAUCCGAUACUUCAUUCCCAGUAUCGCCUACGCCAUAUUUUCCUCCCGCAUAUCGACCCGCAUCAGUCCGUUCAAUCCCAACCUCCACAGCAGGUCCUUCGCGCCCUUCAGCAUCUGCUCAUCCUCCUUAUGUAUCAUCUGAGAGUUCUGCACAGAACUCUUUGGCAGGAGAAAAGACCCAAGCUCCUGGUUACUAUCCCGCGCCCGCCACAGAAGACGGAGAGAUUGCCCUGGCGGUCGCUUCUCGCGCCGAUGGUAAAGCUCGACUUGUUGAGCCUCCUGCUGUCACAGAAGAGGAGGAUCCUCAUCUGAGGAUGAAUCACGUUGCAACGGACGAUAAACGCGUGCUGGAAAGAUUGAGGAUGGGUGGAUCCGCUCCUCCACCUGUCCAGACAGAGGCUGAAGAGGGUCCAACUGCGCCGGUUGUCGAUGUCGAUGAUGCUGGGUUCGAGAUCAUCCCUACCAUUCCAGAAGAAGAUGAAGCUGUCCGUACGAGUAGGGAAUCGGAAAGGGAAGGGUUAGCGUUUCCACCUCCACCACAGCUUAGUGCAAGGCUGGUACAGUUCCAUAAUCUGGAUAGUCCUGUACCUUCUGCUCCUCCCAUUACUUCACCCUCCGCUCCUGACCAUCAGUAUACGACGCCUUCGGCGCCGCCGCUGGAAGUACCUGACGUGGAACCGUCAGCACCGCCUCUAGCGCUUGAUGCGGAGAUAAAUGGGCCGUCUGCCCCACCACUGGGAUCUGAUGUCGACUCGGAAUUAGAGGCGGGCCCUGAUUCGUCCCACUCUUUGCCCGGGAGUCAUGCCUCGACGGAUGCCUCUACAAUGGGCCAAUCUGAUCCAGAUGGGAUGGUAUCAGAAGAAAGACCGGAGAGUAUUGCUUCAUCGAUUGCCUCUAGUCGAAGCGGAAGUGUUCAGGGCGUCCAAGGUGUUUUUCUACCUCGUUACGAACCAUGAACUAGCGCCCUAGAACAUUUUGGGGCCUAGCAUCAUUUUCCGGAAGUUCUGUUCCGCUUUUUUUUUGGUUUUUUUUUGUCUUUUUUUCUGGCUUCGUCGCAAUUUUUCUUCUAUCAUAUAUUUUUGGCUAUAGGAGGGGAAUUUCCUUCUGGUUCAUGAGGUUUACAGCUCGUUAUAUAUUAAACAGGUUGAUGUUGUAUAAUGCAGCUUCGAAGGGGAACUUUCUCAGCAUGUC